CGUGUCCAUCUGCUGCCACCUGCCAAUAUACUUAAGAGCCUGGAUCUGUUGCUUGCCAAAUUUUGUGUAAAACUCAGCAGAUCCCAAUUCCCAGGUGGCCAUGGGUUAUAGCUCAGCUUGGAUAUCUUCUCUUCCUAUAAGCCACUCUUCCCACAUCCUUACCUGCAGUCUGCAGAACACUACAGGCGUGCUUGUGGGUACGAGAUCCGGCUCCGCGGAGGCUUCGGAUCUGUUCUCCACAAGUCACUACAGCCGCAAAUAGGGAACAUCUACCCAUGUUAGAUGCGUUUUGUUGGCAAUGGAUCCGAUGAUCAUAGCGGAGAAUUACCUCCAUUGAUUUGAUGCUUCAGAAAUACAAAAACCUCUCUCUUUCAAUUUGUUUGGUCCGAGUGUGAGAUCAUCCUUCGAAUUCUUCCAUUUCAGUGUCAAAAUCUCUGCCGGUCUACCUUUUGCGUUGCCAACAUAUCUCACCACCGCCCUUCCCCACCUCGGCAUGGCCAUCUCUUGAUUUCACGGCCAAUCCGCUUUGUGUUGACGACAAAUCUUGCCGCCAAGAGGGAUUAGGUUCAAUGUCUUGUCGGAUACCUCGCUGUAGUUGCUGAUAGUGAUAGCUUCCAUCGCCUUCCUCAGUUCUCACUGACAAAUCAAGAAGCUUAGCCUACACCUACAGCUUCUUCCUUCUGAUACCGAAGAAGAAUUUGGUCAAUUGUUGGAUCUGUUUGAAACAUGGAAUCACAGACAUGAAUGACCCCCGGACUCCUUUUGAAACGUCUCAGUCAGCACGAUAUUCAAUAGUAACUGCAGACUGCCACGUGCCGUUCCUGAUUCUGCCUUAAACUCAUCGCAUCUUGCUCGCUAGAAUUGGGAAUUGAUUAAUCACGUUUUACGAUGGACGCAGCAGAUGUGAGCUCGCAGUCGCCUCCAAGGCAAAUAGGCGAUUGGAUAUUUCGAUUACGAUUUGUUUGUUCUGUUUCUGUCUUCCUCAUGCAAUUCUCUCUCUCUAUUUAAGAAUCUUUUAUUUUAAGAAUCGAGAGAGAGAGAGAGAGGCUACAACUACAACUGCAGGUCUUAAGAGAACCUGGAGUUCAAGAAAAAGCAAAUGAAAGGUCGCUGCCUUUUGAAAUGCCUACUCCUCCCCUUUUCCAUUUUCAUUCUUUGCAACCAGUCCCAUGCAAGACGAAUACAACCAAGUUUACAACCCCAGAAUAUCACAACCCAGAUUGAGCUCCGAAAAUCCCACAAAAGUUUAUCAGUGCCCACUAUUAUAGCAGGAAUCCUGUGCUUCGUGGCCGGAUCUAUAUCUAGUGCUGGUGGGAUUGGUGGUGGUGGGUUGUUCGUACCCGUUAUAAACAUAGUGGCAGGUCUAGACCUCAAGACGGCUUCAAUUUUCUCGGCUUUCAUGGUCACAGCAGGGUCAGUUGCCAAUGUUCUCUGCAACAUUUACUUCAAGAACCCCAAAUAUGGUGGUAAGGUUUUGACUGACUAUGAUAUAGUACUCCUAUCAGAGCCCUGCAUGCUGUUGGGGGUGAGUGUUGGUGUCAUCUGCAACAUUGUUUUCCCUGAGUGGCUUAUUACUGUUCUGUUUGCGGUUUUUCUUGCUUGGACCACUUCUAAAACAUGCAAAACCGGUUUGUUGUAUUGGAAAUUGGAAUCUGAAGAGGCGAUUGGAAAUGGGUCUGAGGCAUCAAGAGAUGGGUGUGUGAUAGAGGAGGCUUGUGAAGGUAGUCCUGAGAUUGCGUGGAAGAAGGUGGGGGUUUUGGUUAUGAUAUGGUUCUCAUUCUUUGCACUUCAAUUCAUUCGUGGAGACAAGAAAAGAGAUGAUGGAAAGAACAUAAUACAAUUAGAACCAUAUGGAAACGCAUAUUGGAUUAUCUCAGCAUCCCAAGUUCCUCUUGCCAUAAUUUUUACUGCUUGGAUUCUUUACCAGACAAGUGCACAAGGCCAUACUUCUUAUAAACAGAUCGGAGUCCCAAUUAGAAGCCCAUGCCCAUCCAAUCUUGUUUUCCCAGUAAUGGCACUCUUAGCAGGGAUCCUGGGUGGUAUUUUUGGUAUUGGCGGUGGAAUGCUAGUAAGCCCACUUCUUCUUCAACUUGGAAUAUUGCCAGAGGUUACAGCAGCCACUUGUUCGUUCAUGGUUUUAUUCUCUUCUUCAAUGUCUGCAACGCAAUACUUAUUGUUGGGCUUGGAGCACAGAAAUGAAAUUGCCAUAUUUUCUAUUGGUUCUUUUCUGGCAUCAUUGGUUGGAUUGCUGGUAGUACAGAGGGCCAUAAUGAAAUAUGGUAGAGCCUCCCUCAUUGUAUUCUCCAUUAGUACAGUGAUGGUUCUGAGUACAGUUCUGAUUACCAGCUUUGGAACGAUCCAUGCAUGGAAGGACUACACAAGUGGGAAAUACAUGGGAUUCAAGCUACCCUGUUGAUCAAGACAAGGUGCCUUCUAUACUUGGUUUUGGAAACAGAUGACAAGGAUGACAAUGGUGGAAAUGAGCUCUCAACUAGUGGAACAUAUUUGCCAGGUUGCACCCAUGCUUGACCCAAGAAAUCGGAGAAAGAAUUCUACAUUAAAGAGUUUCAUAAAGUGAGUUAGAUUUCAUAUGCCGAAUGAGAUCAAACUUGAUGGGGAGUACCUAGAGUCUGGAGCGAGGUAUUGAUUAUUGAACCCUGGCAUUCUGGAUGAACACCUCGUUCUGUUGGAUUCCAAGUUUGCAAGCAUUCUUGCCAUGAAUUUGGCUAAAUCUCGGCAAGUAAUAAUUUGUAUUGGUAGAACAUGAAUUUGUAGCUAAUGUAGCUCGAAAAAAAAAAGAAAAGAAAAUUGUAGUCACUGUUUCUUGCUCUUGUAUCGCCUCCUUGUACCAAAAAGAAUGAAACAGUAAGCAAAGGGAUCCGAAGACUUUGUCAAAUCAUUACAUAUGAUAGUAGUUGACAUCAAAUGUCAAGACGGAGAUGUGAGAAUAAUGUUAGCCUUGACCAUCUUAUAUUAACAAA